AUGGCUACAGAUGUUCAACUGGCUGAACAUCCACUGAUGAGAGGCGAGUGGAGAAUGGAACAGGAAACUCAGGGGCUGGGUCAGCAAAGUCCUUAAAGGGUCCGGGAACAGCACGCCUUGCUUAGCACAUCCAGAGUCCAUCGGUAUUCCGAAAGGACUCCCUUCAGCCAGGGCCACCGGGAGAAGGGCAUGUAGACAGCCAUCAGUCCAAAGGCUGAGCUGAAACCUGAGAAGUCAGGACACAAGCCAAAGAGCCACGGGGACAGCGGGCCACAGAAAGAGCUGGUGAUCCCAGGCAUUGUGGAUUUCGAGCGGAUCCGCCGGGCAUUGAGGACCCCCAAGCCCCAAACCCCGGGCACCUACCACUUUGGACACCUCAGUCACAACUCCUUCUUCUCCCGGCACCACCCACACCCCCAGCAUGUGACCCACAUCCAAGAUUUCGCCGGGAAGCCUGUCUGUGUCAUCAGGGACAAAUUCUCUCCAGCCCCCUUGCCUGAGUCCACUGUCUUUUCCGGCUGUCAAAUGGGGAUGCCCACCAUCUCUGUCCCCAUUGGAGACCCGCAGUCUAACCGGAACCCCCGGCUUUCUUCUGCCUGGAAGAGGGAGUUGAAGGAGCUGGCUUCCCGGGUGGCCUUCUUCACAAAGAAGGAUGAGCUGAAGAAGAAUGAGGUGGGCCAGAAGGAGGAGCCUCCACGGGAGCAGGGGGCAAAGUACUCAGCGGAGACUGGGAGGCUCAUUCCCACUUCCACCCGGGCUGUCAGCCACCGCAGCUCCCACCAGAGCGAGGGGAGCCAGUCUUCGAGCAGAGACGAAGGAAUCGGGGCCUUCCUCCUUCAGGAUCAGGAGCUGCUGGUCCUGGAGCUCCUGUGUCAGAUCCUGGAAACAGACUCACUGAGUGCGAUCCAGUUCUGGCUGCUCUACGCUCCGCCCAAGGAAAAAGACCUGGCUCUGGGACUCCUGCAGACAGCGGUGGCCCAGCUCCUUCCGCAGCCCCUAGUCUCCAUUCCUACAGAAAACCUCCUAAACCAGCUCCAAGAAAUGCAGGAACCUCCUCAAGAGAAGCAAGAGCCACCCUGCAGUCAAUCCCCGAAGAAAACGAAAAUACCACCUUUUUCAAAAAGUGAAAAACCAGAGUACAUUGGAGAAGCUCAAGUCCUCCGGAUGCAUUCAAGCCAGAACACAGAGGAGAACACAUCGAAGCCGAGGGCAGAGAGCUGA